UCUUUGAUCACUGCGGUUCUACAAAAGGACGUCAAAAAAGCUCGUGCCCUGAUUGAAGAAGGUGCGCAUGUCGACUUUCAGGACUUCGAAGGAACAACUGCUCUCACUAAAGCAGUCGUGACGUCCAAUACGGAAAUGGUCUCCAUGUUCCUUGAGAAGGGAGCCGAUAUCUAUUUGCAAGACAAGCACGGAGAAACCUGUUUCCAUUACGCUGCC